GGGGCUGGAGUUCCGUCUGUUUGCGGAGCUGCGUCGGACCGAGUCGUUCUGGUGAUUAAGUAUCCGGGAGCAAAUACAGCUAUAACACGCCCAAUUUCUCAAAUCAGUGCAAACUACCGAGAAUAAUGUCAGAGACCGACCCGAAAUCUGUGCAAGACCUGACCGCAGUGGUUCAAACACUGCUUCAGCAGAUGCAAGACAAGUUCCAGACCAUGUCAGAUCAGAUCAUCGGGAGGAUCGAUGAAAUGAGCACACGCAUCGAUGACCUGGAGAAGAACAUCGCCGACCUCAUGACCCAGGCAGGUGUGGAGGAGACUGAGGGAGAGAACACGGUCAAGGAGGGUCAGGGCUCAUAAUGAAGAUGGCCUUGUAAUGGUGAUGGUGAAGCCUUUCUACAAGACCUGCAGAUUUUUUCCAAGACAUCUAUACGAUUAGUGUUUUUUUAUUUUGAUGUGUGUAAAAUGUUUUUAUAUAUUAUAUUGAGUUAUGAUAGACAGGAACCUGAUGUACUGGCUGCAGAUUGCUUUUUGUGUAAGUGGGUGCUCUACAGAACUGUUGGAACCUGGGAAUAACUGAAAACUCCAGAGCCAGAUGCGAGUAAGGUUGACUGGCUUCCAAACACUACCUUUACAACAACUGGAAGUCAUUCCUACCUGUAUCAUUUUGUUCUAUUAAAGC